AGGAAGGACAUGAUGGAGGGAAGAGGUGUCAGUGCGGUCCACGUGGGCCAUAAAGUGGCCAUGGGCGGUGGUGAUGUUGGCCUCGGUGGCCCACAAGUCAAUGGUGGAAACCCAGUGCGUAGUGUGGAAUCCUUGCUAGAUAUCUGUGCCAAAAUAGUGGCUGAGCACAUACCGUUCCAGCGGAUAGAGGAGCGGUACAGCCGAAUUCCCGAGCCCGUGCAGCGACGCAUCAUCUACUGGUCCUUCCCGCGGCACGAGGCCGAUAUAAGGAUGUAUUCUUGCUUCUCCUCCGUGGGCAGUGACCAGCAGAGCCUUCCCUUCUACCGCGGCCUGCGCCUGGUGGAGUCCGGCAUGGUGGACGGCGUCUUACAAGUCGGCUUCCACCUCUCGGGCACUGUGAUGUGUACCCGAAGCUCCUUGGGUCCUCCCGCCGCGGCAGCCACCACCACCACCACCACGGCUGUCGACUCCACCACCACCUCCACCACCACCUCCACCACAACCACUACUACCACCACCAACACCACCCCAUCCACCUCCACGGCCCCAUUCAAGUGCCAAGUCUCCAUAUCCUUUGACAGGUGCAAGAUAACGUCGGUCACGUGUUCCUGCGACACGCGCGACAUCUUCUGGUGUCCGCACGUGGUGGCGCUUUCCCUCCACCGCAUCCGCCACGCCGACACCGUCCAGCUCAGGAUACCCAUCUCAGAGACGCUGCUGCAGAUGGACCGGCAGCAGCUGCAGAAGAUGAUGCAGUACCUGAUCAGCGAGCACCACACGGAGGUGCUGCCCACCGCCCAGAAGCUGGCUGACCAGAUCCUCCAACACAGCCAUCCCAUCAACCACAUUCAAGGUGCCCCGGACCCCACAGCAGGAGGCAGUGCGGAGGAGGAGCACUGCUGGCACCUGGACGCAGAGCAGGUGAAGGAGCAGGUGGGGCAGUACCUCACUCAGGGUGGCUACUACAAUGCCAACAAGCAGCUCUACUUCAUGUUCACGAAGGUUCGUGAGAUGGUCCGAGCAAGAGACAGUAAUGGUGCUAAAAUGCUCACAAUGAUCACUGAGCAGUUCCUUAAUGAUCCCAGACUCUUACUGUGGAAAACCCAGGGUACUCCCAUGACAGACAAGUGUCGGCAGCAUUGGGACCAUAUAGCUGCUCUGUGGGUGUGUGUGGUGCUGGCGCCUCACUGUGGUUCCAUGGAGAAGCAGCGGUGGCAGAAGACUCUGGAGCAGUGGGCACAGACUGAUGUGUGUCCCCUAGAGGACCCAGACCACAGACACCAGGACAAUAAUGACAGGAAUCACUCAGCAGCGUACUACAUGAGUACUGAUGAGGAGUCCAGUGAUGAAGAUAAUGAAUUACGGAGGAGAGACCCAAACAGAGAUGGCCACAACAGAGAUCCCUUCCACCGCCACCACCACAACCCACACCACAACAACCAAAGAGACGUGCGAGACAGGGACAGAGACAGAAGGUCAUCACACAGGCGUCACAAGAGGCGGAGGAUCUCAGCACCACCUCGAACCAUCUUCCAUCGGGCCAUAGAUGCCUGCACCAUGUCCUGGGAUGAUCACCAUCUGAGGACCAUACUGGCUGGAGAAACCCCGGUGCUUAGGACUUCUCAACACUCUUCCUCCUACUACAAUGAACAUGGUCAACCUUUGUGGCAUGAACCAGUUCCUGUCGCCUGUUCUCGUGUGGAUGCGCUGCGAUCCCACGGCUACACCCGUGAGGCAUUACGGCUUGCAGUGGCUGUGGUGCGAACCUUGAAGCAAGCACAGAGAGAAGCAUACCUUUGGUGGGGAAGCAAGAGGGAUGAAAUGCUUCCAAGGUGUUCUGCCUCUAGAGCUUGUAGAUCUCUUGGUCCUGGAGCAUUAGAGAGCUGGGUGGGACAUCCUUUAGAUCCAAUAACUUGUCUCUUUGAUACCUUAGCAGAAGCAUCCCUCUUACCUGAAGACUUACCAAGAUUCCAGUACCAUAGUGAUUGGCUAGGAGUAGCAAAUGAAGAUGCUACCAACCUUGCACCACUGAGGUAUCGCCAUGUUCCCGUCCCUGGAUCCAGUGACCCCUGGGAAUCCUACCUCACCCUGGCCUUAGAAGCAGCUCUUAUUGGUCUAGGACAGCAACGUGCUAUGCCACCUGGGCUGUAUGCUCAGGAAAAGGCCUGUAAACAAGAAGAGAAGAUGAUCCUCAAGCUUCAAGAACUCAACCUAGAUUCCCCUCUGUUGGCAGUGUUGCGUCGACAAGCCAGGCUGCUUCUAGAAGGUGGACCAUUCUCUGGCUUAGGGGAAGGCAUCCACCCAGAGAGUGUGCCCAUGCACACCUUUACAAAGUUCCUAUUUACAGCUCUUUUGCCACAUGAUCCUGAUUUAGCAUAUCAGCUGGCUUUAAGAGCAAUAAGGUUACCUAUCUUAGAAGAUCAUGAUGAUGUAGAUGACCCAGUCAACGGAAACGUGUCUUCUUUGGUGCUGUCUCGAUAUCCAAGAUGGUUCACUUUAGGACAUAUUGAAACUCAGCAGUGCACUCUUGCUUGUACUAUGAUAAAUGCAGCUAAGAAUGAUGUGAUGCGUCUACGCUCAGUUCUGGAUGCUGCUCUGAGGAACAUCCAUAGUUCUUCACACCUUUUCAAGCUGGCUCAGGAUGCUUUUAGGUUAGGUUUGCCUGGAGAGGGACAGAGGAACUCACUUCUGCUCAAUGCUGCUCUUGAACUAGGACUCCAGGUCAUGAGGAUGACACUCACCUCACUGAACUGGAGGCGGCGGGAGAUGGUGCGCUGGUUGGUGACGUGUGCCACAGAAGUUGGGGUGUCGGCUCUCAUUUCUAUAAUGCAGAACUGGUUCACUCUCUUCACUCCAACGGAAGCCACUGGGGCCGUGGCGUCCAACAUCAUGAGCCACACCACGGUCAUGCGGUUACAGCUGGACCGGUCUAAACAAGAUGAGCUUGCUGCAUGUGCCAGAUCUUUAGCUUUGCAAUGUGCCACUAAAGACCCACCAAACUGUGCUCUGAAUGCCUUGACUCUGUGUGAAAGUGAUCCGGUAUCCUUUGAAACUGCUUAUCAAGUUGUUGUAGAUGCAGCUGCUCACACCAUGUCAUCUUCCCAACUGUUCACCAUUGCCCGUUACAUGGAACACCGCGGCUACCCACACCGUGCUUACACUUUAGCAAUGCUGGCAAUGCGCAGUGUUCAUCUGGCAUAUAACCAGGAUCCUCACCCAGCGAUUAAUGAUAUCCACUGGGCCGUGGCUCUGGCUCACUCCCUCGGUCGUGUAGAAUUAUCGCAGCUUCUUCCGGUGCUCAUCAAGAAUGUCCAAUGUGCCACUGUGUUAUCCGAUGUUUUGCGGCGCUGUUCCCUCUCGGCUCCAGGCAUGGCAUGUCCAGACUCCAAACGUAGACCAAUAAAGCCAUUACCUUUUGAUAAAGCCCCUCUACGAGGGCUCCUUGAAGCCACCAUUCUUGCUUACAUCAACACAACUAACUCACGUUUGACUCAUAUAUCUCCAAGACAUUACCAAGACUUCAUAGACUUUUUAACUAAAGCUCAUGAAACAUUUAUGCUUGCCCAUGAUGGACACAUUCAAUUUGCACAGCUUAUUGAGAACAUGAAGGUAGCAUACAAAGGCAAGAAAAAGCUCAUGUGCUUAGUGCGGGAACGAUUUGGCUGAUGUUUAGUGAAUCGCUAUCAAAGACACUGUAGAAAAUGCUUCAGUAAAGCAUUAAGUUCUUCCCAUUAAACACAAGUAUAUUGAAAUGUUUGCUGUUGUGAGAGCCAGAUACAGUUUACACAAGCAAUUGUACUGCAUUGAAACAUAUGUUGAAAUGGCAUCAGUUCUUCAUUAUUGCUCACGAGUGAAAAACAAAAAAUGCAUAUUUCUUCAGCAAAGUGAAGUGGUACUUUUUUCCAGGAGUGUGAUGCAGAUGUCUGAGUUCCAAUAAUGAAAUUUUUUAUAAUAUUUCCAUUUAUAAUAUUUGAUAAGUUUUCCUAUCAGGUUUUCAAUCUCACCUUCUUUUGUUAGGCCAAUGAUGUUCAUUUCAGAGUAUGUGCAACAAAUUUUUUUUUUUUUGCAAAGAACUGCACAGUUCUAUUAUUUUUUGCUACUUCAGUUUGUAUAUUAUUUAUUCAGUUGCUAUUGCAAGUACAUAUUGUGUAUUUAUACCAAAGAUUAGUGAGAAACAGAUGGGUUAGCAUUUUGCAUCCAAUCCUGAGCUGCAAGCAAGCCCAGUUGAUAGUGUGAUACUAUGCUAAGUGGAAUCCCACCUCUUACGCCCAUAUCACGCGGAGUUGGUACCGUCAGGGACUCCAGUACAAACCAUGGCAAAGUUCACAGGCUGUAAAAUGUUCUGGCUCUGUAGAUGCUCUUAUCCAAACCAAGGAAUGAUGUGCUUCAAUACACCAAGUUGGUCUGUCAUAACACACAGAGGAGUCAAGAACUGUAUAUUCCUCUGAAUAAUGUCAUAAAUGGUAAUGUCUUUUUUCCAUACAUGUUCCAUGAUAUGCCUCAAAGCUAUGUAUUAGUCAUGAAAACUGGUAAGAGGAAUCAUGAGCCUAAGCAUUUAGUGUAUGUGAAUGCAGCCUAUUUUGUCAGGCUUAUCUAAGUCUCUACCCUGCAAUAUAAUAUGUGGGUUGAAGAUGAAGAUUCUGUUACAAAUAUCUUUGGACGGGUUAUCUGAUGAUUAGAUAAAUGUUACCUUGCAGUCAAAAUAAGCAUUUGGAGCUGUAAAAUUGAAAAGCCUUUAGUUAUGUGCAAGAUAUGGCCACAGGCACUAAUAUUUAUGUGAUAAAUAUGAAUUGUAAAAUGACAACUUUUAGAAAUUUUUAAAUCUUGCUUGCCUCCUGCAGGCAGUCACAAUUAUGUAUAGUAAUUCCAGGGAUUGAAUGCAAAAAGCGCUUCAAAAAUGUUUAAAUUUCAUUAUUCAUAACUAAGGGCCAAACUCUAAUUCAUUCACACAAUAACAUCCUGUUAUUGCAGGAGGUAAACUAAUCUGAAAUACUGUAUUUAGUCGGAAAUAUUGUGCUGCUGUAGUGCUGCCUCUCUUAGUAAAGUUAAUUUCCGACAAUAAUGCACUUUAGUGAUCUACCUCUGUAUCCUUAUGUAGCAAACACAGCCGUGGCCUAUGUAGAUGGUUGUUUUUGUUUGCUGUCUUGCCAUAUCUUCAAAAGGUCCAGUGUGUUAUGUAUAUGAUCUCAUGUCUAAGGACAAAAAAAGUCUCUUUUUAGACUAUAGAUUUUUCAAGUGUAUAUAUAUACAUAUACAUAUAUAUACAUAUGUGUGUAUUUAGUGUAUAAGGUGCCACAGUGCCCUCUGGCAUGGUUGUUUUAGGUCUCAUUUUAAUACCUUUACACUUCAGUGUGACUUUCCUUCUGUUCCUGCUUCCAUGAGUGCUGGAAUCUGCUCCUUAUUUAUAGCCUGUCAGAAUAUCAGGGGUAUUUUUGGUACUGCAUGGUAAGGUGGAAACAAUUGAGAUAUAACUUUUUAGGGCCAUGUUAAUUGAUUAGUCAGAGGUAUUUUUAGCUGUUUUUUUUUUUUCAUACAAUGGCUAGGAACUAGUUUAAUUAGUGUUAUAUUUUAUUACUCUGAUGUUAAUGCUUGUUUUACCCCUUUUUUUAAAAAGGAACUUUUGUUGCCUAUUGUUACUACUGGUAUUAAGUUAUUUAUGUACAAACUAUUAUAUGCUGGUCAAUACCAAUGCCUCCUCAGACUUCCAAAAUGGUUAUGUAUUGCACAUUUACACAGUGAGGCUCUAAGUCCUAUGUGUGAUUAACAGCAUGUAUGUAAAUAUUCAUAUGUCAAUAAUUUAAAGCCCAUAUCUUCAAAAGCUUCAUCAGCCCAUUCUUGAUGUGUAUUGUGUCUGUAUAGGUCUGUGUCUACAUCCAAAUAGCCUACAAAAGUUGUCAAUAUUUUUUCAGUAGUAAAGAUGGGUAUGUUUCGUUGGUGGGUGUUGGCUUUCCAUUAUUUUUUACUUGCUGUCUUGUGUGGGCAAGCUGUAUAUGUAACAUAAUUAUGGGAGGUAAUGAGGUACACCACCAAUGAGUUGUUUCUAUGAAGCGAAUGAUUCAAGUUGGUUUAUCACAUCCCAUGUAUGCAUGCAUUGUAUAUGCUUUCUCCAUCUACCUUUGGGAAUGUUAAGUAAUUCAUAGACAGCGAGAUUCAAGGGUAUACACCACUCAGUAUUUUAGAUAGGUUCAUCUUCUAGAGUAUUUGCAUCCUAUUUAUUUCAUCAUGCCGAAUUUUCCUACAGCCUUAUGCUCCAAUAGAUCAAACUUGAGCCAUAUAUUCAUAAUGCAUAUAACCUCAAAAUACCACAAGGAUAAAAGAUGAUACUUGAGUGAUUGAUAAUUGCAUAUAGGAAGUGAAUUCAUACAUACUACAUACAUAUAUAUACAUACAUACAGACACACAACAUAUAUAAGUAAGAGUGAUAUCUUUGCAUUUGAAAGUGAUAAUAAGAGGGGUGGUCUGUAAUGUUGUGAUCACUGUCUGGUUCAUGACAAUCUUAGUUAGGGGCAUAUCACUCAGAGGUCCUUGUGUCCACUGCACCGACUUGUACCAAUGUUUAAACCAAUUGCUUGAGAUGAAAUUGUAAGAUAAAGAGAAACGCAUGUGAAUAUUGUAAAAUUGCAUGUCAGUGCUUGAGAACUGUAUAAUACUUGUAGGAAUUUGUACAUAAUAGAGUGAUACAUUAGGGUCACUUUAGAAUUAGACUUUUUUUUUUCAUCUCACUCCCUCUCUCUCUCUCUCUCUCUCUCUCUAUCUGUCUAUCUAUCUAUCUAUCUGUCUAUCUUUUAUGGUCUUCUUAUGUCUUUCCCAGGUUAUACUUAUUAUCAUCAUACAUUUCAUAUAUCCGGUGGAUACAGUUUGUUUUGGUACGUUACCGUGUUUGAGGUGAUAUUCCGUUGGUCAAACAGUAAUAUGUGAGCGCUAAAAGUUAGAUUCCUUCUCAUUCCUGUCUCAGAACGUACGUGAGGUACAUCUCUUGAUUUCAGUGGUAGUGGUCAAUGAAACUGUUGUUGUCUUUAUUCAACUGAUUUGUUGUUAUUUUGUUUGUUCAGAAUUAUAAUUGUUUUAUUAAUUUCAAAACCAUUAUGUGCAAAAUAUCAGAUGAUGUGACUUUGGUUGAUGUGUGUUUGAGAGUGUGUAGCUCAGACUGGAGGACACUUAAUAAUAGUUUGUUUGGAGGAUUUUGUUACCUUUGUAUGAGUGUCGAGUGUCCACUGCCAAGCUGUUCUAUUAGUGAUUUGUAUUUCAGAAUAUUUUUUACAUGUAAAAUUUAAUUCGAGUCUGCUGUGAAUAUCUGCAAAGCCAUAUGCAAGUGUGUACAGUACAAGUGGAUGACGUAAUAAAUUUUGUUCUUAUUUAAUUUAAGUUAUGUAUGCAAAUAUCCCCUUCCAUCAUUUAAGCUCCCAUCCUUUACCCUUCUCCUCUUCAGACUCCUCAUUUUUGUCCUGUCAUAAUUAUUGUUUCUGCCAUUUUUUACAUUUGUAUUAAAGACUUUACAAUGA